CUCACCCAAUGAGACAGUCGCUAAGUUACUGUUAACGUACCAAUGCGAAACAAUAGAUUAAUUAAAAAAUCUGUGCGAAAACCGGCACAUGUGCAACAUUCAAUGAUUUAUAUUCAUUAACAAUAUGCGCGGCGAAAAGUCUUCGGAAUCUUGGGUGUAAAAAAGGCGAUUUGAUUUAUUUCUGCACGAAAAAUAAUGCAGAUAUUACUCCAGUUGUGUAUGCUGCAUUAUGCUUAGGGUGUGCAGUAAAUGGAGAGAAUCCAAUAUAUGGAAGCGUUGAGAUCCGUCCCAAACUGAGUUACUUGAAACCAAGAGUUGUGAUUUGUGAUCGAGAAUGUUAUACUUUGUUGAAGGAAUGCAUGAUCGACAUGAAUAUAACUGCUGACUUUUUUAUUAUUGAUGAUCAAACAGUUGAUGCUCGUCCAUUGAAUUAUCUGUUGCAAAAGACUGAUGAUGAUUCAGAUUUCGUACCGGCCGAAAUAAAUAUUACCAAGGAUGUAGCAUUUUUCAAUUAUACUUCUGGUUCAACGGGAAAUCCGAAAACCGUCCCUCUAACGCACGCAAAUGUUCUUGACAAAUUGCGAAAAUAUUCAGCACUGAUUGAAGUAGGAGAUACUAUGUUGGGAUGGGCCCAUUUCAGGGGUAUUUCCGGAGUAAGAUUUCUAAUCAGUGGGACAUUGAGUGGAGCAAGACGAGUUGUCAAUCAAGGCGCAUUCACACCGGAACGAUUUUUCAAACUCGUACAAGAAUUCAAUGUAAACGUUACUUUUCUAAAUGACUCGUCACAAAUCCAUCAGUUGCUAAAGCAUCCGCAAAUCAAAACAGCUGACUUAUCAAGUUUAAAAAUGUUACAUUGCGCUGGUACAAUAGUACCUCUACAUUUUAUUGAAAAGAUGAAUUCCCAUUUGGGAAGUAGUAAGUUUUGCAAUAGUUUCGGCAUGACCGAGACGUGCGGAACAGUGGCAAUCAAUCUGUAUCAUUCGAAAAACAAUUGUACUGGACAAUUGAUCGGCGAUUGUGAAGCCAAGAUUGUGAAUGAACAAGGAGAUCGGUUGGGUGUGAAUGAGUCUGGUGAACUGUAUUUGAAAGAUCCAUUUAUGUUCGAAGGCUAUUUGGGAGACGAUGGAAAUGCAAGUCAACACUUUGAUAGAGAGGGUUUCUUCAGAACUGGGGAUAUUGCUCAUUUUGAUGAAAACAGCGAUCUAUUUAUUACUGAUCGAAAGAAAGAGCUAUUCAAGUAUAUGGGUUACCAUAUAAUUCCAAACGAAAUACAGCAAUUUUUAGACCAAAUAGAUGGAGUGGACGAGUCGUGCGUGGUACCAGUCCCGAUUUCGAAAUAUGUCUUAGCACCAGCCGCUGUCAUCAUUAAAACCAAGAAUUCAGCUUGCACCGAAGAAUUCAUCUAUGACGCUGUAUCGAAUUCUUUUGCUGAUCAUAAACGACUUCGAGGUGGAGUUUAUUUUGUCAAUUCAAUUCCAAGAACUGCUACGGGAAAAGUUAACCGACGUUUGGUCGCUGAGAUGGCGCUAAAAUUUUAUAAAGACAAGAAUAUGGUCAAGAGAAACAACUGAAACAGAUCUGUUGACCGUUGAGUGUUCUUUUUUAUUUAUUUGUGUUCUUCUACAAAAAUCUUAUUAAAUUUAUAGCUUUUUUCUGCAUUAAUUUAUUUGCUAGGGGUUUCACGCAAACUCGAAGGCCGAAGAUUUUACUAAA